AUGCUGCUGCUGUUGCUGGGAGAGCAGCUGCAGCCUGCUGAGCUGCGUAGACACCUGGCGGCUUCGAGGCGGAUUGCGCGGCGGCGGGGCCAGCAGCUGAAGGUUCUUAAAGAGGAGCAGCAGCUGCUGCAGCAGCAGCUGCACUCUUUGCUGCAGCAGCAGCAGCAGCAGCAGCAGCAGCAACCGAUGCAGCAGCUGCAGCAGCAGGAGCGGUCUUCGCAUGAAGAGGUGCGUUUGCUGCAGGUUGAGCUGCAGCAGACGCAUGCAAAGUUGCUGGCAGCAACAGAGGAGGCGGCUGCCUUCCGGCAUUCCUUUGAAGCACUGCAGCAGCAGCAGCAGCAGCAGCAGCAGAAGCAGAACCAGCAGCAGCAGCAGGAGCAGCCAGCGUUCCGCAGCAGCGAUGACUCCCUCCCCCCUUCAGCUCAGCAAUUUCAACAACUGCAGCAGCAACACCAUCUGCUGCAGCAGCAACAUCACACCCUGCAAGACCAACAUGAGCUGCUGCUGCAGCAGCACGAUGAGCUGCAGCAGCAACGUCAGCUGCUGCAGCAGCAGCAUGAUCAGCUGCAGCAGCAACACCAAAUGCUUCAGCAGCAGCACCAACAAGUAGAUGAAGGGGGGAAACGCGCAGAGCAGCAGCAGCAGCUCGAAACGGCUGCUGCUGCUGCUGCUGCUGCUGCUGCUGCAGAACACAGAGUUGAGUUGCUGCAGCAGCAGGAAUAUGAACUGCAGCAGGAAGUGCUGCGGCGGCAGCAGCAGCUGCAGCAGUUGCAGCAGCAGCAGCAAACAGAGCAGCAGGAGCUUGAACGGCUGCAGCAACGAGGGACAGUGGAAGCUGCAGCAGCAGCAGCACCAAAUGCUUCAGCAGCAGCACCAACAAGUAGAUGA